AUGGUUGGGUUAGCGGCACAUGCUUUCAAGUUCAUGACAGCAGAAGAAUCGACUGCCGUCUUCGUGAAGGCGGGGUUUAGAGAAGCCGAAUUAGCUUGCACUUUGGUCAAGAUCCUGAAGAGCUACCGGAACCCAAAUAUAAAGGUGCCAAGAAUGACAAGGUUUGCCAUCGAGCUGGCAAACUGGAUGAUGAGAAACAAAUUGACGAAUGUGCAGAUCUUCAGGGAUCCGGGCAUGGAGGAGGAGCUUGAAGGUGUCAUGGAUACCACACCAGAGCUAGAGAGCUUCAAUAUUUUCUCUGGCACCAUUGGACUAAGCAGGCACAGCACGACCAUUCACUCACUUGUUGAGACCGCACUUAUGCUGCUGAAGAACAGGUUUGAUCAACCGAUAGGUUACUGAGCAAGUGAUGAAGCCAAAUUAUCCAACAAAUGGGAAACAUGAAGGUCUGCCGGACUACAUAUUUCAUUCUCUAAUUCCAGAAGCAAAGAAAUAAAGGUAAUUGCUUCUUUAGCAGCUCCGCCCGGCUUAAGUCUGAUUAAAUGCUUCUGCAAGUUAUCGCCUUCCUUGUUUGUUUGCACGGAAUUUGUGCAAUUUACAGCACACUGCGUGUACUACUACCAAAACAUAUGCAAGAUAUGUACAUGCAGCCACACAUUCUUUUAUUUUACAAUUUUACUCCUGAA